AAAGAACUUGAGCGCGAGGAAGAAGGUAAGAUGGCGGAUGCGAGAAUGACCAAGGCAUUGGCAUGAACAGAAUUCGCAUCCAUGUUUUGCCUUCAAGUCGGGGGCGACUCACCCCUGUGCCAAGGCCACAAGAAGCCUUGUUGUGUGCCUUUGCUCAUCGUCCAUGUUCUCAGCCUCGUUUGGAGGGACAUGAAUUCUGCAUUAAGCACAUCCUUGAAGACAGGAAUGCUCCCUUCAAGCAAUGCAGCUACAUUUCCACUAAGAAUGGGAAGAAAUGCCCAAGUGCAGCUCCCAAGCCUGAGAAGAAGGAUGGAGUAUCAUUCUGUGCUGAACAUGCUCGCAGAAAUGCCCUGGCACUGCAGGCUCAGAUGAAGAAGUCCAAUCCUAGCCCUGUGCGAGAAUCUCUCCUCUGCCAGCUGAGCUCCUAUGCCAAGACAGAGCUGGGCUCUCAGACUCCAGAGAAUAGUCGGAGUGAGGCUAGCCGGAUCCUGGAUGAGGACAGCUGGAGUGAUGGAGAGCAGGAGCCUCUUACUGUGGACCAGACGUGGAGAGGUGAUCCUGACAGUGAAGCAGAUAGCAUUGACAGUGACCAAGAGGAUCCCUUGAAACAUGCUGGUGUGUACACUGCUGAGGAAGUGGCAUUGAUUAUGCGAGAGAAACUGAUCCGGCUGCAGUCUCUGUAUAUUGAUCAGUUCAAACGGCUUCAGCACCUCCUGAAAGAGAAGAAACGCCGGUACCUGCACAGCCGCAAGGUGGAACAUGAAACCAUAGGUAGCAGCCUCCUGACAGGCCCAGAGGGACUUCUGGCUAAAGAACGUGAAAACCUGAAGCGGCUGAAAUACUUGAGGCGAUAUCGGCAGCGUUAUGGUGUGGAGGCUCUUCUACACCGGCAGCUGAAGGAACGCAGAAUGCUGGCCACUGAGGGUGCUGCCCAGCAGGCACAUACUACUCGUUCCAGCCAGAGGUGUUUGGCCUUUGUGGAUGAUGUUCGGUGUUCCAAUCAGUCUCUCCCAAUGGCAAGACACUGCCUUACUCAUAUUUGCCAGGACACCAAUCAGCUUCUCUUUAAGCUGUGCCAAGGGUCAGAAGAAGCACCCUGCAGCAAGCCAGUGCCUGUAAGCCUCUCUGAAGAUCCCUGCUGCCCACUCCAUCUCCAACUACCGCCUCAGAUGUAUGUUCCUGAACAGGUACUGUCUGUUCCCGAGGAGCUGGAAGCUGCUUCCACGGAUCUGUACUUGAGCGCAGCUGAACUCCGGCCCACAGAGAGCUUGCCGCUGGAGUUCAGUGAUGACUUGGAUGUUGUUGGGGAUGGCAUGCAGUGCCCCCCUUCUCCCCUGCUCUCUGAUCCUUCUACUGCACUUGAGAACCAGUUAAAUAAAAAUGUUGCUGAUGCACCCAUAAAUGUGUAUUCGAGUGAAGAGUCAGCUCAGCAGGGACUUCUGAACCAGGCUGCACAGCUAGGCAGAGGGAGCUUUUCCAGACAAACUGCAUCUCCGGCCUCUGAGUUACCACAAGAACUACUAUCACAGAAUAUACAGCAUCUUGUGACAAGUGGGUCUGGGCUGGAGGAGGGUAAAAAGGAAGAACCUGCAACUAAUGGGAAUUCAGAACCAGCCCCCAUCAGCUGAUAGCACUCGUAACAGAUGGAGGUCCACCUGGAUGAUGAAGCAAUUGCUCGUCUUGAACUCCUUCUUACUCUUUGUGUUUAUAAUUCUCCCUAUUAAAUCUUCCCAGAUUAGCGAAAUGUCUGUCUGGAAGGCCACGUGGCAGGUGGGUUUCCGAUGCUGUUCCAAUGGCCACCUUCAGAUCUUGUUCAGUGAUUGCCUUUUACAUUUUAAAAAAGAAAACAGAAGUUGGUAUCUGAUGUAAAUUCAGAAGAAGCAUGAGAGAUUCAAUGUUUAAUGAAUACAAACACUGGGAGGCUAUGCCUAUUUUAUAUUCGUAGUCACAAUUAUAGGCUUUGAUAAGAGGAAAUGGCUUGGAGUAUUUUCCGUAGUUUGGGUUAUUGGGCAUAUGUAUGAAGUCAUGGGCUUGUCCAUGAUAAAGGACAAGCCCACAGCUUUUAAUUAGCUGUGCUGUUCACUAGCCUGUUUAAGUCUGAUUGUGCAAAGGCUGCACAACUGUCUUUCUCUUUCUUUUCUCUAGCACUGAAGUUUGUAAAUAGAUUCCCACCUGUAGCUUUAAUUUGUGUACAGAUCCCAAUGUAGCAUAACAAUAAAGACACUGGAUAAAGUUUA